AUGUCUUCAAAUCAAAAACUCCCUGUAGAUCUUGAACUUAAAAAAGCUUUUCAGGAACUGCAAAUGAAGAUGCUAUCAACGUCCCAGCAGUUAAAGGUCUCAGACCUUCAAAUAGAGCAGCUGAAAAAUCAAAUCACUAGGACAAAAUUGGUUGGUAAAGAAUUAGAAGCAUUACCUGAAAAUGUCAAUACUUACAGGAGCCUCGGCAGAAUGUUCCUCAAAACACCUUUACAAAUUGUUCAUCAAUAUUUGGACAAAGAAACCAGCGGGUUUCAAGAUAAAAUAAAAUCAAUAGAAAAUACUAAACAUUAUUUGGAAAGAACUCUGAAAGAAAGUGAGGAAAAUUUAAGAGAAUUAGUACUUUCUAAGCAAAGAGAACAAACGUGA